AUGAAAGCUAACUCCCCUACAUUUGUUUUGGUGCCAGAAUUUGCAGGAGAGUUAUGUCAAGGAGACACGGAGCAGUGGUUUUUUUUCGUUCCUCCGCAAGAGAGAGAAGCCCAUGGAGGAAAACCUAAUCGGCUCACGACUACCGGAUAUUGGAAAGUUGCUGGAUCUCCGGGUUAUGUUUACUCCUAUAACCGAAUAAUUGGAGUGAAGAGAAUCAUGGUUUUCUACACAGGAAGAGCUCCCGGAGGAAGAAAGACUGAGUGGAAGAUGAAUGAGUACAAAGCCAUUGCAGGAGAAGCUUCUUCGUCAGCAAGUGCAACUCCAAUGUUAAGACAAGAGUUCAGUUUGUGUCGAGUCUACUUAAAAUCGAUAAUCUUACGAAUAUUUGACAAACGACGCUCAAAAGUUACGGCAGACAAAGCAAUAGUUCACCAAUCUCAUCAACUUAACAAGGCAAGUACAUCUCACCAAAACCCUCUAAUGAUGGUGAUCAGAACGAGUUCUCCAGAAAAUAAAUCCACAGGAGAUGAUGUCAAUCCUUCUCAAGUUGUGGAAAAUGAUAUAAUGAACUUGGAUGUGCCUCUUGAUAAUGAUUUUUUGUGGGAUUGGGAGUUUUGA